AUCUACCAGGCCCACGAGGUAGUGGGCGGUGACUCGGCCAACCCCAAAACCUCCGCCCCGGACCCAUGGCGUCGUCGUCCUCGCCUCCGCCGCCGCCGCCGAAGCUGCCGAUCCCCGGCCGCCGCAACAUACUCAUCACCAGCGCCUUGCCCUACGUGAACAACGUCCCGCACCUCGGGAACAUCAUCGGAUGUGUGCUGAGCGCCGACGUGUUCGCGCGCUACUGCCGGCUGCGCGGGUACAACGCGCUCUACAUAUGCGGGACGGACGAGUACGGGACGGCCACGGAGACAAAGGCCAUGGAGGAGAACUGCUCUCCCAAGGAGAUCUGCGACAAGUACCAUGCUAUCCAUGACGAGGUUUACAAGUGGUUUGACAUAAAAUUUGACAAGUUUGGACGAACGUCCUCUCCUCAGCAGACAGAAAUAUGCCAAGCAAUUUUCCAUAAAUUGAUGAAAAACAAUUGGCUCACAGAAAGUACCAUGCAGCAGCUUUAUUGUGAUAUCUGUCAAAGAUUUUUGGCGGACAGACUUGUAGAAGGAGCAUGCCCUACACAAGGGUGUACUAAUAAAGCCGCGCGAGGUGAUCAAUGUGAUAAUUGCAGCCAUAUGUUGAAUCCAACGGAACUAAUUGAUCCAAAGUGUAAGGUCUGCAAGAAUACUCCUCAUAUUCGUGAAACAGAUCACCUAUUCUUGGAACUCGCUCUAUUAAAAAAAAAGUUGGUAGACUAUAUCAAUGAUACUUCAGUAGCUGGUAUGUGGAGUCAAAAUGCCAUUCAAGCGACAAACGCAUGGCUGAAGGAAGGACUAAAGCCACGCUGUAUCACAAGAGAUCUUAAAUGGGGAGUUCCUGUUCCAAUGGAGAAGUACAAAGAUAAGGUUUUCUAUGUCUGGUUCGAUGCGCCAAUUGGCUAUGUGUCUAUCACAGCAUCUUAUACUCCCGAGUGGGAGAAGUGGUGGAAGAAUCCUGACAAUGUGGAAUUAUUUCAGUUCAUGGGCAAAGAUAAUGUGCCAUUUCACACGAUCAUGUUCCCUUCAACACUACUAGGAACCGGUGAAAAUUGGACGAUGAUGAAGACCAUUAGUGUUACUGAAUAUUUAAAUUAUGAAGCAGGAAAAUUCUCCAAGAGUAAGGGUAUUGGAGUUUUUGGUAACGAUGCAAAGGAUACGAAUAUUCCUCCUGAAGUCUGGCGAUACUACCUGCUUAUGUGUCGUCCAGAGGUAUCAGAUACACUCUUUACGUGGACCGAUUUGCAAGCCAAAUUGAACAGCGAGUUGUUAAAUAACUUGGGAAACUUCAUCAAUCGUGUGCUAAGCUUUAUUGCAAAACCAGCUGGAGCUGGAUAUGAUUCAAUUAUACCUGAUGCCCCCGGUGCCGAGUCACAUCCGUUGACAAGUGAGCUUGCAGAAAAAACCAGUAUACGGGUUGAACAAUAUCUUGAUGCCAUGGAAAAGGUUAAGCUGAAACAAGGACUGAAGAGUGCAAUGGGUAUCUCCAGUGAUGGAAAUGCUUAUUUGCAAGAGAGCGAAUUUUGGAAACUUUAUAAAGAAGAUCCAGUAAGCUGUGCGAUUGUGAUUAAAACUUCAGUUGGUCUUGUCUAUCUCCUUACCUGCCUGCUGGAGCCUUUCAUGCCUUCCUUUUCUAAUGAAGUGCUACGUCAAUUAAACCUGUCCCCGGAAGAAAAUCUCUCAUUCAGUGACGAAAAAGGAGAAAUUGUGAAGGCAAAAACUCCUUGGGAUUUUCUACCAGCAGGGCACAAAAUAGGGAGGCCUACACCUCUGUUCGAGGAAUUGAAAGAUGAAAACGUGAGUGAGCAUAGGAAAAAAUAUGCAGGAAGUCAAGCUGAGAGGAUCUCAAAAGAAGUAGCUGAUGCUGAAGCCACGAAAAUUGCUAACCAGCUCAAAAGCACCACAUUAUCUGAGGGAGGCUCGAAGAAGGAACAGAAGAAACAGUCCGGUAGCUCAAAAUCUAAGGCAGCAGAGGCAGAAAUGUCUGUUGCAAAGUUGGAUAUUCGAGUGGGGCUUAUCAGAAAAGCAGAGAAGCAUCCAGAUGCUGAUUCCCUGUACGUAGAGGAAAUCGAUGUUGGAGAGGAGGCUCCAAGAACAGUGGUUAGCGGCCUUGUCAAAUACAUUCCUCUUGAAGAAAUGCAGAACCGGAAAGUGUGCGUUCUCUGCAAUUUGAAACCAGUGGCAAUGCGUGGUAUAAAAUCACAUGCCAUGGUUCUGGCUGCAUCAAGUGAUGACCACACAAAGGUCGAACUGGUCGAUCCACCAGCGGAUGCUGCCGUGGGGGAGAGUGUCACCUUCGCUGGGUACUCGGGUGAGCCCGAGGCUUCUCUCAGUGGCAAGAGCAAGGUGUGGGAGAAGCUAGCCGCUGACCUUCACAGUAACGGCGAGCUUGUGGCGUGCUACAAAGAUGUCCCGUUCACGACUUCGGCUGGAGUGUGCAAGGUGAAGACAAUAGCAAAUGCAGAAAUCCGCUAGACGUGGUGGCGAGAGUCCGCCUGACCUAACUGCUGUCUGAAGUUAUUGAAAUGCUAGCUGAUUGCUUUUUGCUCCAUAAGUUUAUCCUUUGAUUUGAAAAUAUGUAUAUUACUAUAUUGAAAGAAAUAGUGUGACGCAAACGAGGCGAUGACUGA